AUGGUCAAGACUACUUAUGCCCUGACGCUUUUUGCGGCUGUCAGCCUGGCGGCUCCUGUUUCUCAACUUACUGGCCGUGCCGAAAAGCAGGGUUCAGUAGAGCACAAGAAUAUCCUUCAGGGACUUACCAACCUUAAUCAGAUUGUCAAGCGCGAUGAGUCUCAGCCUGAGCACCACAACGUCAUCGACGAGCUUCCGAUUAUUGGAAAGCUUCUUGGCAACGACAAACAGAACCAGAACCAGCGCCGAGAUAUCGCGGAUGAGGGCAUUAGUGGCUUGCCCCUCGUCGGAGGCCUGUUCGGCAAGCACACACAUACUGGCGGACCAAAUGGCAUGAACAAGCGCCAAGGAUUUGGCCAAAACUAUGGCCAGAACGCCGGUCAAAAUGAAGGUCAGAAUUAUGGCCAGAAUGACGGUCAGAAUGCUGGCCAGAACCAGGGCCAAAACGAAGGUCAAAAUGAGGGCCAGAACAACGGCCAGAACGCCAGCCAGAACGGAGAAAAAGGCUGGAAGCGUGACUUGGGAAGCAGCCUCAGGGGCAUUCCCAUAGUUGGAGGCCUUCUUGGAAAGGACCAGGAGAAACCCUCUCACCGGCAGAUCGAAACUCCUGCCAAGCACAUUGAUACUCGCCAGGCGGGCCAUGCCAAGGGUGUCUUCGGUGUCCUGCAGUCUUUGACUAGCGGUGAUCCCGUUACCAAGGGCCACAAGCGCGAUGAGGAGUUCGAGCAACUGGAACCAAUGAGCGACGUUCUUGAAGGGGCCGUUGCAUCUGGUAUGGAAGCAGAAUCUUCCGCCAUGCCGGUGCGCCGUAAUGAGCCCGCUGCCCCCAAGGCCAACAAUGGUCAACAGGCAGACCCGAAGCCCAAGAACGAGCAGAGCAAGGGCCUCCUUGGUGAAUUAAUGGGCAAGAAUGGCCUGGGUGCCAUUAAGGGCAACUCCCACCACGGCCUUGGCCUCUUCCCAAUGCGCCGUGACGAGAAGGACCUCGAGACACGGCAGGCUCCCAUCCAGGGCUCCACCCUUACCGGUGUUCUCCUCCAGGGUGGUGCUGUGGGAAAGCUUACCAAGGCCCUUUCUGGAGGUGCUGUGUCCAAGCCCGGUGCCAAUUCCCCCUCCAAAAUCGGUGACGGUUCUUCUGCGGCCCCUCCCGACCCUUCGUCUGGUGUUGGUCCUCACUCUGGCCCUGGUCUUGCUGCUCAGCAGCAACAGGCGUCUGGUGCUGCUUCUGAGUAA